ACUCCUGUCAGUGGCAUCGAUGGUAAGUUUGCGCUGUAACCAUACACCAUUCAUUAAGCCCCAUUUGCACCAUCGUACAUCAUUAUAAUCGACCUGCUGCUGCUGCUGCUGCUGCUCGAUACUAACUACUGCUGUUGCUGCUGCAACACUGUGCUAACUGUGGUGGUGGUAGUGGUGGUGGAAGCUUGGAAGAAUACUGCAGCGGCACUGUGCUACAGAUUUUGGCCCUGCCGCAUAUCCUGUACUCUCUGCUCCGGUACAGUAAUUUACUCACCCGCACAGCUCGUGGCUGAUUUUGGAGCUAGUGACCGCAAUGCCUUUGACAGUGUGAUUAGUGAAUACGGAGGUGGUUUUGAAGUUUGUUGCAAGAAUAGAAGAUUCUAACCCUAAGCCGUGUGCCACGAGUGAGUUAGUCAAAAUGUGUUCGCAAGUGAUCAAUCAAUGAUAGAGAGAGUUCCCAUUGAGUGGAAGUGUGACAAAAAGUGCUAAGAAGAAACCAAGAGCAACCCGUGUGUGAAGUUCCCGAUUAUGUAGUCGGUGAUUUUUCGCCUUUGCGGAAUUUAGAAUAAAUCUUUUCCAUCACCACCCGUCGAGGGCGCCCGAGGCAGAGAUCUGAGCAGGGAAAGCAUCCUAACCCUAGCCUGCAGCGACACACUUCGCACAUCUUUCGUCCCCAAUCAUUUAUGAGACAGGAUUAUGAAUGUGGACUAAAUCGAUUAACAUCGAGGUGAUAGUUAUUUGCUUGCUUUCGAUCAUACCAUGGCCGGGCCCGAGUGUGUUCAAGAUAUCGUGCUCGCGCGAAAGUUCGCGCGUCGUGCGCAAGAUCGUCCAUUCGCGCUGGCUGCCCAUACUAGAAAAAUAUCAAGUGAAGCUACCGCUCGAAUGUCCGUUUCAUCCGCUGCGCGACAUCUUCGGCCCGCAGCAGAGCGCCAAAAAGCAGCACCGGCCGAGCCAGUGGACGUGCGGUUUCUGUGGCAAAAGCUUCUUCGAGGAGAAGCACCUCGACAUGCACUUCGAGAACCGGCACCGGACCAACAUCAACACGGCGGAAGAUGCCGUCUGUCUGGCGGACUACUGCGACAUGAUGCGCUGUGAGGUGUUGAUAGCGAAGGAUGCAACGCUCGCGUUCGGCAGCGAUCCGAACGCCGUCACGACCGAUAUCGAGGUGUGGAGUGAAGCGACAGCCUACCGGACGGCCCUAACUACAUCCGGACCGCGCGAUCUAGCCAAGGUGCCGGAACGGAAAUCGUUGCUGCCGAAGAUGCUGCAGACAAUCCGGGACGAUGUGUUUCGGAAUCGGCAACCGCAACAGCAGGGCGUGACGUCAAUGCUUCACGCAAAGGGUGCAGACAACUGCGAUAAGAAUGAGGCCACUAAAACGAAGGGCAGUCGGAAAGGGUCGAAAGCAAGCGGAGAUGGCAGAGAAGGCAAAGACAGUCCGGUAGAAGACGACGACGACGACGAUGAGGACGAUGAGGAUGAGGAUGACGAGGAUGAGGAGGAGGAGGAGGAGUCGGAGAACGACAGCAACGCAACGUCACAGUGUGAGCAGAAUCUGGUCGACUCCUCACUACCGCCGGUGGAUCGAAAGCAGCAGCGCCUGUCGGAGAUGCAGCGCAUGAAGGCCAACUGUAAUGCGGACGAGAUCGGACAGCUGAAGACACGCUGCGAGGUGUUGGUGCGGGACUGUAUCGUGGGCCUGCUGGUGCAACUUUCGCUCGAGGACUUCCGCGCGAUGGAGGAGGAGCUGAACCGUGCCAUCUGCUGGUAUCUGACCUGCGACCGGUACUGGGAGGAUGGUCCGCUGGAGCAGCGCCCAUUCCCGUGGGGUCUCGUCUUCGUGCUCGUCAUGGUGCUUUCGAUGGGCGUUUGCCUCUGUUACUACAUCAUCUGGAUACUGUUCGACAGCGAAGAUUUCAGCCCGUCAGCAAGCAGCCAACUGGCGAACGCCACUGCACACGGAGGCGCCGGUGUCCAUCAUCUCCAUCACGGACGGCACUAUCUGCAGCCAGGAUCGGGCUCGGGCAUCUACCGGUUGCAGGACGGUGGACAUUCAGCCGCCAGCCUGAACAAUCUCGGCACGGGGACGAGCAGCGGCAACGAUAUACAGCACACGCCACAGAUACACGCAUCACCCGGAACCGGUGCCGGUGGUGGAUCGGGUAUGCUCUACACAACGGCGGACGACGGUUACGGCUAUGCGGCAGGUUCCGCAGGCGGUGCUGCUGCCGCUCGUAUGCUUGGACCGGGUGGUCCGGAUGGUGGGUCGUCGUCCGCCGCGGGCACAAUGGCGACGGCCGGUGGCGGGUCCGCCGUAGCAGCCGGUAGCGGCGACUUUGGUGAGCUGGGACAGAGCGAACAUUACAUCUACGUGACGUAUCCACCGGAACUGAAGCGCAGGCUGCUGGAAAGUUCCCUUUAGCCGCCACACCAGCUAGGUUUUGCUCCUCUGCUCGUCCCACUACUACUACUACUACUACUAGUACUACCACCACCACCAAAACCACCACCUUCGACCGCUCUUCUCUGUUCAUCUCUUCAUCACACCUCAAAUAAUAUGAUUAAACCAUAUAAUGCUCUCUCUCUCUCUCUCUAAUCUAACGUCCAUCUGCAAAAACCUGUCACAAACUGUGGUGGCGCGCAACCACCAAGCAAACAUAAGAAAAGCUACUACAUGCAACGAGUCUUGCCCGGUUUUCUCAUGCGUUUUUCUUUUCUUUUUUCUCGUUUUUUGGUUUUUUUUUCUUCUCUCCAUGUUUGCUUUUUUAUUUUCGUUUUUCAUCGUCUUACUUUCUUUCUCUCUUUCUCUUUAGCUGCUACAAUAGAACGACACGGCUAUGAACAAGGUUUUAGAUGCAAUUGAAAUUUGAGAUAUUAAGGCAAAAUGCGUAUUUAUAUACAUCUAAGGGGGGAAAAAGGGUUUAGUGAAACGUGAUGGGCGGAUAGCACGAUAGGAUGGUGAUGAAUCUAGUGACGGGAAAGGGGAAUGAAAUGGAACUUUCUUUGCGCCAUAGAUAUAUGUAGGAAAAAGCGAUGAGUUAGAGAGAGGAGGAGGGAUAAAAAUAUGAAAAAGCACUCGGUAAUAGCGAAUAAAGAGAAGAAGCAAAAAAAAAGAUACAAAAGCUAGACAAAUCUUACUACUUUCGAGGGUACAAGACAUAUGAUAAGCGAGAGUAAGGGCAAAAAAUGGGAGGGAGAAAGCACGCUAAUUUAACUAGUCAAAUGAGGAAAACAUUAACAGAACAAAAAAACCAUUACCAUUAAACGAAAUGGGAAGGAACGAAUGUAACUUGUAAAGAAAUAUGUAAUGUAAUUAAAAAAACAAAACAAGAAACAAGACAAGAUAAUCUAACUGCGCUAUCACAACAUCGUGUCAUCCUGCCCCCUUAAAAAGUGUUGCACACGAGAAACGCUGUAAGAAGCGGAGAAGUGAAAAGUAUCGUUUUUGCCCUUAUUCAUCCCUUGCUUCACCACGGUUCAGUUCCACCGCACGCACUAUUAUAGUAGAACAUUUGUGUAAUUUAGUUGGGGUCCUUAGCAGUGAAGCGCAAAUUGAAUCAGAAUGAGUGAAUGACGUAAAUCUUAGUAAUGAGUUAGAUGAUUUAACUCAUCACGAAGAGUUGCUUCAGCUCACUUGUGAUUCAAUUCUCCGUGUCGACUAGCCACUCUCCCAAACUGACGAGAGGAUUACAACGUACAGAGUGAGUUAGAACAAAGUGAGUGAGUUAAAACUUAGUGAGUAGUGAGAGGAUUGUCGGCACGGAGAACUCAUUCACUCGGAUUUGAUUCGCGCUUAACUGAGCGGUAAGUGUUUCCCCCUUCAUUUAGUGGCAUAAGCCUAGUGCGGAAGUAUUCGCUGUCGUAUGUACAUCAAAAGGGCUAGGCUUAUUUCACUCGUAAUGAGGUGAUACAGACAGAUAGAAAGAAGAAACAAGACUGACAUUAGAAUCUCUGAGAACCCGUGGAGAAAAAUGGUUUUCAGAGAUAUGAACGGAACAGGGAACGGGUUUAUGGGUGAGCGUUACACUCCAACUGAGUGGCGCGCGCAUGGAUGAUGUACAGAAGACACGGAUCGCGAAUUUCUUCUCGUGCUACACUAUAGAGCCGCAUAGAUUGAUGCUUCCCCUCGCACGCACACGUUUAUGGUUCGUUUGUAGGUUAGUAGUAAUGACAUUGAAUUCUAGCUUUUAGUUUGCCUCUUCAAUAUCCUUACGUUAUCCUAGACCAAUGCGUUACACGUGCGUAUCUUGCUUCGACAAUGAACAGAAACUAGUUACCUACUGGUUUCUGGAAAUAUACGCCCGGUGUACAUCUUCUGACCGAGAUUUACCCAACAAAACUGCUCGGAGUAGUUAAUAGGCCGCUUUUACGACUGAAAAUACAACCCGAAUUGAUCUGCAGGAGAGCGAUGUUGAAGAGAACUCAAUGCUCGCUCGCUGGCCAUCACAGCAGUAGUUUGCUGCUGCGUACACCGUAACACAGUCGAUUUCUUACACUGAAGCCUCGUCCAUUUUCUAUUUUUCCUUGUCCACGGGAACUCCGUCGUACCAUAUUCUUCUCGAAUGCUGGCCCGAAAGCAGAAAAAUGAACUAAUGGCCCCCCAACAAAAAAAACACAGGACAGAGAGGAGUUUUAUCACACAUUGCUCUUUUUCUAUCGUCUUUUAUACCUACUGCUACUUCAUGGUACAAAUAAAUCGAAAGGAAGUUUCUCCUUGGCGCUGGUAUCCCGCGAAACGGAAU